UACAGCGCACAGAGCAAGAGGAGGACUCCAACCAAUGGAGAGCGAGAGAGGGCUUGGCUAUAACCUCAGCCUCCCACUCCUCUCUCUCUCUCUCCCUCUCUCGCUCUCUCUCUCACCUCUCCCCCUCCUCCUCUUCCUCCUCCUCCUCUAUGCGGGGCUCUGGCCAGUCAGUCGCCUUUGAUUAUCAGUCUCUAGCAGCCCCUCUCUUGGCUCCUUGACAUGAGCACCAUAUAAGGCUCAGCGAUCUCCAUAGAAACGUGUCAGUUUCAAUAGUAGUGUCAAAGUUCACUAUAUACAGACAUUCGCGCAGAUCCCCCCGUUUCGGAAACAUUGCUCUGCAAGCUCGUCUACCUUUAAAGCAUUUUUUGGGAGGCUCUCUCUUCUUUUUCUUCUUGCAUAUUCUACUAGUUGGGUUUUUUUCUGCUGCUGCUGCUGGCUGGCUGGCUGGCUGGCUUUUUCCUCCUCCUGUGAUAUCUUUUCUCCGUGGCUCCAGCUGGAGGAGAGGUGAAAGUCUUCCACGGCGUGGACUCUAAUCGGCGGCUGCUCGCCUCGAGAAGAUGAUGAUGAUGAUGAAGAUGACCAUGAUCUUUAUUUAAGAAUAUAGACAAAUCUGCAGUUGUUGUGCUUGUGUGUGCACGCCGCGCGUGUGUGCUUGUGUGUGCGUUCGCUGCGCUGCGCACACAGCGAAGACAGACCGGGAGAAAAGGAGAAAGGAAUUUAUACACCGCAGCACUUUGGAUCCGGCGUCUUUCCGUCACAAGAAGGUUUUUUUUCUCCCCUAUUUAUUUAUUUAUUUGUAGAAAUACUCACUCGUGUGAAGUGUUUUUUUUUUCCCUUUGUGGCUAUUUUUUCAUCAAAGUGGGUUUUUUUUAAACCCCCAACACGUCUGGACUCGCCUUUUCCUUAACACGAGUGGGGAUUCCUGAAUGGCUCAGUGCAAUUUACCUUGGAACUGGCCUCCCGAUACUUGCAUAUCGUGAUCGGGUCGUCCCUUUCCAGCCGUCUCCCCCCGCCGCUAUUUUGAAUCCAUUGACUUCCACCUCCUCAUCUAUGAGAUUCCGUGCACCGAUUUGACUUUGCGGCCAUCAAGCAGAAAAAAAGCUUUUUUUUCUCCCAUACACGCUCCAGAACCAGCAGCGACCAUUUCGCUCUACAGCACUUUCCGGGGCCGAGAUAUGGCAAUGGUAGUUAGCGUGUGGCGAGAUCCGCAGGAAGACGUGGCCGGAGGACCUCCGAGCGGCCCCAACCCCGCAGCUCAGCCGUCGAGAGAGCAGCAGCAGCAGGCGGCGUCGGCGGCGCCGCAUACCCCGCAGACCCCGAGCCAGCCGGGACCCCCGACCACACCGGGCACGGCCGGGGACAAAGGCAGCCAGAACUCGGGUCAGAGCCAGCAGCACAUCGAGUGCGUGGUGUGCGGGGACAAGUCGAGCGGCAAGCACUACGGCCAGUUCACCUGCGAGGGCUGCAAAAGUUUCUUCAAGAGGAGUGUACGCAGGAACUUAACGUACUCGUGUCGCGCCAAUAGGAACUGUCCCAUCGACCAGCACCAUCGGAACCAGUGCCAAUACUGCCGACUUAAGAAGUGCUUAAAAGUGGGCAUGCGGCGGGAAGCGGUUCAGCGAGGACGAAUGCCUCCAACCCAGCCCAACCCAGGCCAGUACGCGCUGACCAACGGGGACCCCCUCAACGGCCAUUGCUAUCUGUCCGGAUACAUCUCGUUAUUGCUGCGGGCCGAGCCCUACCCCACGUCCCGGUACGGGAGCCAGUGCAUGCAGCCCAACAAUAUCAUGGGCAUCGAGAACAUCUGCGAGCUGGCGGCUCGCUUGCUCUUCAGCGCCGUGGAGUGGGCCAGAAACAUCCCUUUCUUUCCCGACCUGCAGAUCACCGACCAGGUGUCCCUUCUCAGGCUGACGUGGAGCGAGUUGUUUGUGCUUAAUGCCGCCCAGUGCUCCAUGCCCCUUCACGUGGCCCCUCUGCUGGCCGCGGCGGGCCUACACGCCUCGCCCAUGUCCGCGGACCGCGUCGUGGCUUUCAUGGACCACAUCCGGAUCUUCCAGGAGCAAGUGGAGAAGCUCAAAACCCUGCACGUAGACUCGGCAGAGUACAGCUGCCUCAAGGCCAUCGUGCUCUUCACGUCAGACGCUUGCGGCCUGUCGGACGCUGCCCACAUCGAGAGCCUGCAGGAGAAAUCCCAGUGCGCCCUGGAGGAAUACGUGCGCAGCCAGUACCCCAACCAGCCCAGCCGCUUUGGCAAACUCCUGCUGCGGCUGCCUUCCCUCCGCACCGUGUCCUCGUCGGUCAUCGAGCAGCUCUUCUUCGUCCGCUUGGUAGGUAAAACUCCGAUUGAAACGCUCAUCAGGGAUAUGCUAUUAUCCGGGAGCAGCUUCAACUGGCCUUACAUGUCCAUCCAAUGAUGCUUGUAAUGACACACACAUACA